UACUUCAGACACACAAAGAAGGAGUUCUCCCUCCUCAGGAAACCCUGCAAGUUCGGAUCGCUACUACAAGAACAUUUGUCUCAGUGGAUUAUCCUCACUGUCAGGAGCCCAGCCAGAAUGAAACUAGUUCACGUAGCCCUGCUCUGUCUCGGCUCCGUGACUUUCUUCGGGGUGGAUGCUGCAAGGGUGGACGUAGCGACAGAGUUCAAAAGAAAAUGGACGAAAUGGGCACUGAGCCGAGCCAAGAGGGACGUGAAGCCUUCGGGCGCGCUCCGAGGGCUGGGGGCAGCCGCCGACGUGCAGCCUCUCAUACGGACCCAGGACGUGAAGGAGGAUCCCCGAGUCUCGCAUCCCAGCAGCCGGGAGGAUGCUCACAUCCGCGUCAAGCGCUACCGCCAGAGCAUUAACAGCUUCCCCCACUUCCAAGCCAUCCGCACGGGGUGCCGCUUCGGGACGUGCACGGUGCAGAAGCUGGCGCACCAGAUCUACCAGCUGACCGACAAGGAUAAGGACGACGCCGCCCCCGCCAGCAAGAUCAGCCCCCAGGGCUACGGCCGCAGGCGGCGCUCCCUGCCCGAGGGCCGCAGCCCGGGGCGCUCCCCCCAGGCCGAGCGGCGCCCCCGGACGCGGUGGGCGCAGCCCCUCGCCCCCGUCCUCGGUGUCUGAGCGCCGCGCUACCCGGCCGAGGCCGUCUCGGAUGGAUGGACUGAGGCGCGGACGCUCCGGAGGUCCGCCGCCGCUCGGCAGCCGCCGCCAGGAUUCGUGGGAGAGCGCCUGUCCGGGCGGGACCCCGGCGCGCCCUCCCCGGGCCGGGAGCGGCGGGCCGCGCCGCCGGGGCCCGGCAGGGCGAGGGGCGCCCGCGCCCGCGGCCCGGGUCCGCGGCCCGGCGCAGGGAAGCUGUGAAGGCCGGCGUCCCGCUGGGGACGCGCAGGGGCUGCUCCCCCCCCCCCCCCGCCCGCCCGCCGCAGCGGCGCGGCGGUCACUGACUCUUUACCCUCCCCGGGCGAGGCACCGCCGGCCCCCGCGCCCGCCGCCGCCUGGGACUGGAAGGCGCCCGGCCCGCGGCCGCCAGAGGCGCCGCUGCCCCGCCGGCCGCCAUGUCGCCCCCUGCCCCGCCGCUGCACCCGGGGGGGGGGGGCCGGGCCUUCCUUGCCGGCGGGCUGCGCCUAGAGCUGCCCCGGCGCCGUCUGCCCCGAGGAGGGGUUGCUGAGGGGAGCUCCGCGGCCCGGGGGGACCCGCCGGCGGGCGCCGGCUGCUGCGCGGCACCCCCGGGCCCGGGGGCCGCGGCCCCGGCCUCGCCCUCCGCCCCCAAGUGUCGGAGGGUGCGCGUUCAGCCCCCGGCGAGGACGGGUCGCCCACAUCUGCUCUACCCUCUGCGUUAUCUACACCCGGCAGGGAAUCGGACACUCACUAGUCCCUGCGGGGACUGCGAUAUACUUGAACGUCACAGAGAGGAAAAGUGCAAUUGUACGUGGUUUUUGUUAAUUGUAAGUGCGGUGUGUGUGGAUCAUGAGAUACGUAUCGAUAUUUAAGAUUAUCCUGUGUCAUGUCCUGUUCGUAUCUUUUUUUUGGAAAAUAUAUUUUAUUUUUAUACGGUUUAUAUAUAUAUAUAUUGCAUAAGGGCAUUUUAAAACAUUGUAUACCCUCUAUUUUUCAUAUCGUGAAUGUCAAACGUUAAACUCUUUUUCCAUACCUUUUUUUAUCUUGCAUUCCAGACUGGUGAAAGAUGUAGAGAAUGUAUCAGCUGUUCUCCAUGGGUAAUAUGUGAAAUAAAAUAAACACUAUUACAUAAAA